UGUCGUCAAACUUCAAAGUGCUUCAAAGUUCAAUUCAAACGUAUGGCCGUUUGAAACUCCUUUGUGAAUUUUGUCAACAAUCACUUUACUAUUAAUUCCUUACAAUUUAUUUGACUGUACUUUGUAUUUUUAAGCUAGUUUAAAAUGUCCUCGAUCAAAGAAGAUGAAAAGAAAGAGAUUCCUGAAAUCAUACACGACCCUCAAACCAACUGUUCCUAUCAAAGGUUGCGAUUUUUCGGAAAGGGUGGCUUUGCAAAAUGCUACGAAAUACAGGACUUGGCCAACCACCAAGUUUAUGCUGGCAAAAUUGUGUCAAAGAAGUUGAUGGUAAAGACCAGCCAGAAAGAGAAGAUGGCUCAGGAGAUAUCAAUCCACAGGUCCUUGCAGCACAAGCAUGUGGUUGGCUUCCACAGCUUCUUUGAGGACUCCCUAAACAUCUACAUUAUACUAGAGCUUUGUAAGAGACGGUCAAUGAUGGAGCUUCACAAACGUAGAAAAGCAAUCACCGAGCCGGAGACCCGGUUCUACAUGCAUCAGAUCUUGCUCGGAGUGCAGUACUUGCAUAGCAAGCGGAUCAUCCACCGGGACUUGAAACUCGGCAAUCUGUUCCUUGACGAUGACCUCCAUGUCAAGAUUGGAGAUUUUGGCCUUGCAGCCAGAAUUGAAUAUGAAGGAGAGAGAAAGCAGACUUUAUGCGGCACACCCAACUACAUUGCACCAGAGAUAUUGACGAAGAAGGGCCACUCCUUCGAAGUGGACAUCUGGAGCUUGGGAUGCAUCAUGUACACCCUCCUCGUUGGGAAGCCGCCCUUUGAGACUUCUACACUCAAGGACACCUAUAAGAGAAUCAAGCAGUGUGAAUACAGGAUCCCAUCGUCGCUGCGCAAGCCGGCAGCGUCCAUGAUAGUGCUGCAGCUUCAGUCCAACCCGGCGCGGCGGCCGUCGGUGGACAAACUACUGCAGCACGAGUUCUUCUCGUCGGGCAUCCUGCCAGCUGCGCUGCCGGUGUCUUGCCUUACGACCGCGCCUCGUACCGACCAGCUGGAGGGCGUGGCGCUCCACCGCCGCCCGCUCAACGAGGUCAACACCAAUGUAGAUCACGCGAUGGCGGUGGACUCGCCGGUGAAGCGCGAGCCGGGCGCCGAGCCGCGCGCCGUGGAGCCCACCUCGCACCGCCAGAACCUCGUCGCGCUGCGCGACCAACUCGCCGCGCUGCUUGUGGGCAAGCUGAAAUGCCGGCCAGAAUGCCUGACGGACGAGCUCAGCGACCCGGCCGCCCAGCCGCUGGUGUGGGUCGGCAAGUGGGUGGACUACAGCGACAAGUACGGCUUCGGCUACCAGCUCUGCGAUGAGAGCGUCGGCGUCAUGUUCAACGACACCACCAAGCUCAUCAUGCUCGCCAAUGGACUAAAUGUGCAUUACAUCAACCGACAGGGCCAGGAGCAGUACAUGACAAUGCGGGAGUAUCCGCAAGAGCUUGACAAGAAGAUGAAACUACUCACUUACUUCAGAAGAUACAUGACUGAACACCUCAUGAAAGCUGGUGCGUCGAUGCCGGUCAGAGAGAGUGAUGGACUGUCGCGAUUGCCGCAUCUGCACCAGUGGUUCAGAACGACGCUAGCAGUCAUCAUGUACCUCACAAAUGGAACUCUACAGAUUAACUUCCAAGACCACACGAAAAUCAUACUUUGCCCACUCAUGCAAGCAGUGACAUACAUUGACGUCGAGAAGAACUUCAGAACAUUCCGCUUCAGCACAAUUGAAGAGCAUGGCUGUGAUAAGAAGUUAUACACAAACCUUACAUACGCUUUAGAGAAACUAAACAGUGUAUUAGCUAAUAAGCUUUGCUAGCCUUGUGUUGUGACUGCAGGAUAAGUACGUAUGUUAUAUUUAACUAAAUGAAUUGAUGUUGCCCCUUGGGGCAGGCUCUGGAAAAGCCCACUUAGGGUUAGUAUGUCUGGAAGUAGCGGUAUAGCUUCAUACUGCCGUUAGUUUAGUAAAACUUUAUGAUUUUGUUACAGAAGUUUAAAAUCGUCACAAAAAUCAAUUUCGAUGUAGGUGUCAUACCUUUUUUUCUUAUAAUACGUAUGUACUAGCUUAACACUAUUCAUGGAUAUAUUUAUUGUAAUAGCUGUUAUUCACCCCGCAACACAAUAUUGUUGAUCACAAUUUUGUUAAUAAUUCAAUACUUGAUUUUACAGGUUGAAACUUUUAAAACUUUAUUUAACUAUUUCUUUUGACCAGUUUCAUAGUUCACAUUUUUUGUAUGUUGUUAUUAUUAGUGCCUUCAACAUUUCAAUUUAAGUAAGCUUAGGGUAAAUUGUAGUUCUCUGUAUUUGACACUAAUUUAGUAAAUGAGCGCGUGCACCAUGACUGAGGGCCGGGGUGCCGGCAGUUAGCGAUGAUUUGGAGUUAUUUAGUUUUAUAACUAUAUUUUUAUAAAACAUGUUUGUGCUUCAGUAGCAUCGGACUGAAUCUUUCCUGGUCAUUUAAUUUCAUCUCAAUAAUUUGUGGGUUUCUUUAAUAUAGGAUUUGUUCUAAGAUCUAGAUUUUAAUAUAUCAAUUUUGUCACAAGAUGUUUUUAUACAUGAGGAUUCAAUUUGGAAGAUAAAAUGUCAGUAUUAAAAUUUUCGAUGAUGUUGAAGCACUGCCUAUUUGUAACGUAACUUAGAAGUUUCUCAACGGGGUCUCUUACCUCAUGUAACAUAAUGAACAUUGACAAUAAAAUUAUUACAAAAA